UUUCCGUGAGGCCUUUCGUGAGCAGGGUCGUCAGAGAGGACUAGUUCUACGAGGGGCGAAGAAGGCGAGGCGUCGACGGCCAUGAGUGGGUCCUUUUGCAGGCUGUCCGCGCCUCUGCGGCUCUUCGGAGGCCCACUGCCCCUGAGGCUUUUCGUGCGGCCGUUGAGCCAAGCUGGAGCGGACUCCGGGGGUGAUGGAGGCGCUCUGACCGACGGAUCGAAGGAGGCGGUGGAGCGGCUGGUGCGCGCACAUCCCGUGGUGGUUUUCAUGAAAGGCAGCCCGGCCCGGCCCCAGUGCGGCUUCAGCAACGCGGUGGUGCAGAUCCUGCGCUUGCAUGGCGUCAAUGACUACCGCGCCUACGACGUCCUCCGGGACUCCAAUCUCCGGCAAGGAAUUAAAAACUAUUCCAACUGGCCUACUAUUCCUCAAGUCUACCUCAAUGGUGAAUUUGUGGGAGGCUGUGACAUACUUCUCCAGAUGCAUCAAAGUGGAGACCUAGUGGAAGAGCUUAAGAAAUUAGGAAUUCGCUCUGCACUUCUGGAUUCAGAGAAAGACCAUGGAAAAAAAUAAGCUGCUGUGAUUUUGACAAAGACAGCUUUUGAUAACUGGUACCAGAAAAGCCUUAUGUAAUUUAGCUCAAGAAGGCAACUUUUUGAACUAAAUGAGGUUUAUCACUUAGCAUUCUGUUAUCCACUGUCUCGUAUGAUAGACUGAUGUGUGAAAAUUCUGUUAUGAAAGUUUUUAUGGAUAUAGCAUUGUUAAGCAAAUGUUUUGCGAUCAAAGUAAAUAAGCAUUUCACUUC